AUGGUCCACAGGUGGAUCAAGUGCAGGGUCUGCACUGUAGCUCAUGACAUUGAGAUUCAACAGUUUAGCAAACAUGUGCGUCAAAAAAAACACCUAAAGCGAGUUGCUGAGUUCGAGAGCACCAAACCAUCAGCCUACGUGCAACAAGAAAUUCAGUUUGCAGAGCGAUGCCAAAUCGCACAAACAACGGAUAUGGAGACGGAUACCGGUCCCAGCCCAACCCAGCAUUCCGCGGGAGAUAGCAACGACAACGGGAUGGAAUUUUUCUCUCACAAUGAUGAGUGGAGUUCAAUCGAAAUCGAUGAUGCAUCAAAUGCGCCGCCGCAGCUCACUUCGGAAGAUUGGAUGACACAAAUAUUGUCAAAGUGUCCCAACCCAAAGGGCGACCUGUCAGGUUACUUCUCGACCGAGGAAGAAACGACUCCGAUCGAUGGUCUCACGAGAACACCCAUGAAUGCGCAAUACUUUCACUGCAAUUUGGAGUUUGGAUGGGGACCCAGGUUGCUUACUGCUUGGGCAGCGCAGCGGAACACUUCGCUAGACAUCCUACAACGCAUGGGUGCAACCAAUCCCCUAUUCUGCAUUCUUCUUGCAUAUCUUACAAACCGCCUCACCAAUAUUGAGCAGCGUGUUCUUGUUGCGCUAAUGGUAUACAUGUCGGAUCCGUUGAAUCGUGGACUUCCAAUUCCAGAGAACCACGCACAACUGAGAAAUUGCUAUGGACCUGAUGGACGAGAGUCAAUUCCAAAUAUACUCCCGCGACCCAUCAUUCAAAUUCUUGAUACAGGGUUUGCCUACGUCUCGAUUCGCGACAUUCUCCAAUUCCAUCUAGCCAACGGCCAGACUUUGGAUCCUUUGGUCGAUGCACCAUACUCCCCCCAGUCCAAGAAUGUUCAAUCACUCCACGGAUCUUCUCAGAGAGGAAAGGAUCUUGUCGCGUUUUCAAACGAGCAAAGCAAUACCCAGCCGACCGAGUUUAUAUCUGAAGUUGUGAUUUGGUCUGAUGCUUUUGAUACCAACAAUACCAAAAAUAAUCGAGGCUCCGUACAUGUUGUACUUGUAUCCGUCGGUACCCCUGGAGAUGAUUAUCAUUCUGGUCGCAAUACUUACCCGGUCUCCCUUGGUCCGUCCAAUGGUGACAUGACCACUGCCAUGGAAAAGCUCGUUAGGGAAUUGACAGAGUUAUUCAAGGGCCAGAAAAACAAAUUCUUUCAUGCCGCAUCACAGAAGGAACUGGCGGUUUCCCUGCGUGUGUACUGCUUUCUCCAAGAUCGACCAGAACGAUGUUCUUGGCUCGGUCUUGCAUAUGGUAAUGGAAGAUACGGGGCAAGAUUCGGUUGGGCAGGAGACCUGUCACAAAGCUGUGCGUACAAACGUUUGCCUUCCUGUUCUGACUGCAAUGCUCUGCGUUUAUGCAGUCCAGACGUUAGGCAUUUUCAAUGUACAAGAUGUAGUGAUUGGCGCAUGGACCUGUUGUCUUAUCAAAUUCCAAAGGACUACCCAACAAUCUUCAUGAACAAUAACUCUGAUGGUACGGACCCAACAGCGCAAAAUUUGCCCGACAGUGCUCCAACUGAUGCGAGAGUUAAUGGUAACUGUUUACGGUUCCGCCCAAUAACCUUUCCAAUUUUGAAGUCGGCCUCUGAUUCUACAUUUGACAUGGUUCGACUCCGCUACUGGACAAAGAAACAGGGUAUUGCGUACCUUGAAACAUUUGGACUUUCUCAGGUCUACAUUGCCGACCUUUGCAAUGCGGCGGACAAUCCAGAUGAACAGCAACCUCCACAUCCAACUACAUGGAACGUACCAGGUGUUGACAUCCGACAUCAUAUUGACGCACUGAUGCAUUUGUGCUUUCUAGGAAUCACAAAAGCAAUCUCCACAGAUCUGAUUAGUGGUUGGUUAAAGGCUCAGCGGAAAUCAAGUUCUUUCUACAAUCUUAGCCAUCCAGUCCUUGACCAAAUCAAACGCCAAAGUCUAUCUUGGUGCAAGGUCGAAACAAAAUUUGGCGGAUACGUAUCUGAGAAUUGGAUUGCGUACUGUCUUGUCUACAAAUAUGUUCACCAGCUGCUUUCAAAACUUACUGAAGAUGACGAUGUGUAUAUUGAUCCGCCCGGAGUGCCACUAUCGCAAUACAAUUUGAAACAGAGGAGGGCGUGGCUUUGCGCAAGGAAGGUAGAAGAUAUUUCUAACAAGUCCCUCAAGAAGGCUGUUGACAAAAAAUUCCUCGAAUUUAUUUCGCUGCCUCCAGAGGAAUGCCCGCCAAUCAUCCAACCAGUUGCGUCCAAGGCCACACUUGAACAAGCUAGCCACAUGAUUAUUUGUUGGCAGGUAUGCAUGUCCCGAAUCAUGUCUCUGGAUCAGAAUCCCUCCGGUGCACAACUUUUGGACAUUGAAAGGCACAUUAAAGUCUUUCUGACUUCAGUUGAUGUAUUCGAUCUCACGAGACGAGAUCAAGCCACCAAGAAGGACAUGAAAGUUCCCGUAUGGCGUCGGAAACAAAACUUCCUGGGCCUUCUCAAUUUUCGUGACACAAUUCGAGAGAUGGGACCGCUGUGCCCGCUAAGCGAGUUGGAUUUAAAUGGUAACUGGGCAUAUAAUGCCAUGAAAAAGUACUUUGUUGAAAAAUCUUACAAGUUCGCCCUCGGGGCUUGUGUGAGAGAUGUAACUAAUGGACUUGCCGGCGGCGAACCUGGAUCCUGCCAGGCAAUGAUGGAGGUAGCAACAGAGAUUGCAAACCAAGCAUCGGCGCCCAGCACCGACUCUGAUACGAAUGAUGACGACGCUUUCAUACAAGUACGAUCUCAAGCAAAUUACAAGUCCCACAAAGAUGAAGCAACCGCAAUGAGGAGACUUGAAGAAUCCGAAUUCAUGUCUGGUCUAGUCGUUGACGAUCAUCUUUAUUUGGUUAUUAAGACAGGGGGUAUGAAUACUUAUUUGGAGAUACGGCCAGUCGAGUUUCAUUUGGAGGUCUGCGGAGCACAGUACUUUUCUUACACGACCGUGGCAUCCAGUGGUUUGGAAUCGUCUCGAUUCAAAUCAUGCUCAGAGCACUUUUUGCUCCUUCCAUUGCUGAAUAAUGACGGAAGCGUUCCCAAAGGUAAAGGGAGGGAUGGUGAACGCAAUUUCUUCUAUGUGAUAACGUCCGGGUGGCGAGAGAUUUCAAGAUCUGAUAGAGCCGGAUUUGUGCUGCGAUUACCAACUAUUCCGGGAGCAACCUACUAA